AUGAGCGGGCAAGACUCGCCUCAUCUGAUUCUGGUGAUUUGGGACGAUGGUGGUGGGGAGGUGAAAAACACCAGUCCAGGAUGGGAGGCAAGAGAAGUUAAAGCGAUCAAGCGUCAAGUCGAGCAUAGCUUGUCACUGCCCGAUCUGGAAAUGGGCCACAUCGAUAUCAUGCUCAAUUCGGAGACGGUAGUUGCGGAGUAUUUCCGUUACAUGGAGCCUUUUACCAAUGUACGAGUGUUGUCCUGGAGAACUUUACUACCAGGAUAUUUACUACCUGUCUUCCAGGAAACGGUCAAACACAGAUCCUCUAGCGGACGACAGGUCAUCGCAUGCAUACUGUCGUACUUACCGCUUGAAGAUCAGCACCCUUCAACCUACGAAGCCUUGAAGUCGAACCCAGACAUCCACUCUAUCCACUUUUGGCAUAAAAAGCAUGCUUGGACACGCCAAUCGUUCAACCUACAAGAUUCGCAAAUCGGUCUCAGAACUUCUGCGUCUCAAAGACUCCAUACACCGAGCUCGCAUGGCGAUGCAGUUGAGACACCCGAGUCAGUCAAGGUUGCUUCGACGAGCACUGUUGUGGCGGAGAAUGAUGAUUGGACCGCUGAGGGAGAACUGCGCAAGAGGUAA